UAAAGUGUGCAGCAUCUACCUGUGUGGCCCAGUUUGUUGGGAUCAGGGCUCUCUGUCACAUUGUACACUCGACUGUGGGUUUUUUUUAAAAAAACUAUUUUUAUAUAAAAGGGCAGGGCUUGAGCUUGCCCAUAGCUGUAAUAACCGAAACUGCGUCCCAGUGGGUGAUCUCAAUGCAUGCUCAGAAUCAGAUGUGAUUGGCCCGACUCUCCUGUCCCCAAACUUUUUGUUUCCGUCUGAUGUGUGAAGGGGCAGCGCGGGGAUCCGGAGCCGGCGCCAUGGAGGGGAAAGAGGCGAGUUUCUCCGACCGCUACGAGCCGGUGGCCGAGAUCGGGGAGGGGGCGUACGGCAAGGUCUACAAGGCCAGAGACAGGAACAACGAAGGUCGCUUCGUGGCUCUGAAGAAAGUGCGAGUUCAGACCGGCGAGGAAGGGAUGCCUCUCUCCACCAUCCGGGAGGUGGCUGUACUGAGGCAACUUGAGUCCUUCGAGCAUCCCAACGUGGUCAGGUUGUUUGAUGUAUGCACAGUGUCUCGAACAGACAGAGAGACAAAAUUGACUCUAGUUUUUGAACACGUUGAUCAAGAUUUGACUACCUAUUUGGAGAAAGCCCCUGCACCAGGAGUUCCUCCUGAAACAAUUAAGGAUAUGAUGUUCCAGCUGCUUCGUGGACUAGACUUUCUUCAUUCACAUCGUGUGGUUCAUCGAGACUUGAAGCCCCAAAACAUACUUGUAACCAGCAAUGGCCAAAUCAAGCUGGCUGAUUUUGGCUUGGCACGCAUCUAUAGUUUUCAGAUGGCACUUACCUCAGUGGUUGUCACUUUGUGGUACCGGGCACCAGAAGUUCUGCUGCAGUCUAGUUAUGCAACACCUGUUGACCUAUGGAGUGUUGGCUGCAUAUUUGCAGAAAUGUUCCGUCGAAGUGCCCUUUUCCGUGGUAAUUCAGAUGUUGAUCAAUUAGGAAAAAUCUUUGAUGUACUUGGUCUUCCAAGUGAGGAUGACUGGCCUCUAGAUGUGGCACUACCAAGAGAUGCAUUUUCAACAAGAUCUCCACAACCAAUACAGGAUUUAGUACCAGAGAUAAAUGAACCAGGGAAAGACCUGCUGCUGAAAUUUCUAACCUUUAACCCAGAGAAGAGAAUAUCUGCUUUCAGUGCACUGUCCCAUCAAUAUUUUAUGGACCAUGAGAAAUACACUGAGAAUCAGAACUUGUGUCUAUCUUCAAGCCAGUCUUCUUCAGAGGGGAACACAGCUUAACAUCCACCAGAAAUGCACAAAGCUGCAAGAUGUGCUGAUUUCGUAGUACGAUUUCAUUUGUCGAGCAUUGAAUUUUUGGUCAGACGUUAUACUCUUGCAAAGAUUACUUGACAACUCAAAUAUUUUACAGUAUGCUGCUUUUAAAAUAUGCCUCUUGUGCUUUCUUGAUUAACAGUAAACUAUCAAUCGGUUAUAUAAUGAAACAAUGCAAAAACUGUUGCGGCUCCUCCGCCAUCUCCUCCCUAUCCAUCCUGCCCCAGGAAAUUUCUGGACUCAAUUAGCUGCUGUCUAUUCACAAAUGCUGCAAAAUCCUGUUACCUGAAUGUGGCGUGCUGCAAAUGUGAAGUAUUUGGAAAAAUGGGAUAAAGUCACUGCCAAACUACCAAGUACAGUCACUGCCAAUCCUGCCAGAGUUUGUUCUCCAGCUGCUAAGGCCACAAUUUGUUACGUUAAAAGAAAAGACAUACUAAAUGUCCUCACUGAAGAAAGAAUGUAAUUUUUUAAAUGAUCUUUGAAUAAUAAACCAUUAAAAGUGAUAUUUUUCUUCAACCAUUGCCCAAGGUGCUGUGAACAUUUGGGUAUCAACAGUGUUUUAUAUCAACCAAUAUGGAAAGCAUUUCAGAAGUGAUUGCUGUGGCAUUAGCUGGAACAAAAGAUUUUAACAGAACAGUUGGAUUUUAAAGAAUUGCUUCAUAUUUUGCCAAUAAGAAGGAACAUUGUUUUUAAAAAAUCAUGACUACUUUUUUGCAUUUAUACAAGAUGCUUGUUUUAGAUGGUAUUUUUAUAUAUACUGUAACAGAAGACAAAGCAGUGAAUUUGGAAAAAUAUAUCUGUAGAAUUAUAAGAUGCUUAACACAUAUCAGUAUGUUUAAAUGCAAAAUGAAAAAGCUAGUGAAUGAAUCACUUACAUUUUCAAUUUAUGAUGAUCUUCAAAUUUCACAAACGCUCCUCCAUGCCUAGUACUUACAGAAUGUUAUGAAGAGGUAAUGUGUGUUCAACUUGGGGUUGUCACCAUUUGCUGAACUUAAAACUGGAUAGUCACAUCUUAAGGACAUGGUAUAGGCUCAAUACCUGAUCCGUGCAGAUAAAAAUACAGAAAUAUAUUAAAAAUUAAGUUUGUGUUUAAAAAAAGACUUGUCACAAGUUUACGUUUUGGAAAUUGCCAGAUAAAGCAGACUGGCUGGGCAAACUGGAUGGAUGGCAUCCCAGUCAAACUGCAAUGUUACAGAUGUAUGGAUAGUUGAAUCAUUGUAGUGCAAUACAGCACUAACUAUGAUCGAAUCCAUUGCAUAUUAGUGUCUUUCUUAUAAACUGUACUGUAUCAGUUGUGUUCAAGUAGAAAGCCAUCAGCUUCAAAUAACUCUUGACAAUACAGAUUGGUAAUCACAAAGUGCUUGUAUUUAACAGAUAAAUCUGGAUUAAUGUUAAAUCAGCCUCAAGAAACAAUUUGUUUCAUAUAAUAGCUAAUAUUUAUGUUUUUCUUUUGAGAUAGACUUGCUUUGGUAAGAAAUCAUUGCUGGAUGGCUUUUAGGACUGUAUUGUGUAAAGGUGAAAACAAAUAAGUACGUCAAUCACAUAUUAAAACACUGCAGUUUACAAAAAUUAAAGCAUGGUGAGAAAGGCAUAUUUGAUGUACUAUGAAUAAAGAGGGUUGAACAUGUUAAAGUAGCAUAAUAUUGCAAGGGACUUUUAUAUGUAACAAGUUGUGCAGCCAGUCUUUGUUUCAGUGACUGAUGAAAAGCAAACAAAAUAUUGAUUACAACAGACUUUGGUGUUGAUGAGGUAUAUCUUUGAUCUCGACAACUAGGAAAUGCAUGUGUUCAGCCUUAUGUCAGUACAGAUGAAGCUUAUGCAUCAACAUGAUUUGUAAAUAUUGUUUAAAAGGCAUAAAAUAAAGGGGAUAAUUUUAACCUAUAUUUUAACAAGACAUUUAUAUUAAACUGAAGCUAUAAACUUUCUAACAUGUCAAUUUCAGGGGAAUUAAUAGUGUUUUGAAAUGUAUCUACAUGAUACCAACAUUCAGCAACUAAUUUGACUAUGGUGCUUCUAUAUAAUAUUUUUAUCUUUCAGGAGAGCUCUAGGACUGUAUUUUCUAAAAUAGGUGAGGUGGAUUUGUAGCAAACAUCUUCCAUCCUAUUGUAAUAAAGUGUUUCUUUUGUCUUCAGUUGAAAUCAUAAUCAUCGUUAAACAUACUGCCAUUGUAGUAUUAGACCACUGUUCUCCAACAGAAAUGGCCAUGAAAAGCAGAAGUAGAUGAAUGGGUCAGCAAAGAGGAAAAAAGUAAAAUGCAAAAGAAACAGUAAAUGAUAUAGGGAACAUUUCCUGUUUAAGGAACAAUCAUUGCAGUUUAGUUUAUGUAUGAAGUAAAGGUAAUGUCACCAUUGUCCAAGGUGACCAGAGGGCUGCUCUGUCAUAGAAAGAGAUGACAGGUAAUACAUUUAACCUGGGGGUUACCAUGCCUCAGGCAAGGAGAGAGUUUGAGAAGGCAGAACCGUCCUGAUAACCUAAACCUGAGAGGGAAUCGAACUCGUGCUGUUGGCAUGACUGCAUCAAAAACCAGCCAUUCUGCCAAAUAAUUACUAUUAUUUUAUGGUUUCUGGGUCCUGUUUUGAAAUGUGUGUUAUUUUAAUAGCACCUUUUUUAUUUCAGGGCAAUAAGUGACAUACAAUAUUGCGAAACAAACAUAUUUUAUAGGUUGCUAUACGUUCUUUCAGAUAUUGCAAUGCCAUUGUCCCAUCCUCCAAACUAUGAUUCUCACUACCGUGUCUCAUUCCCGCCCUACUCUCAGCAUAUUAUCAAAGUCCCAUUUGUGGAAAAAAAUCUUAAUGCCAUUAGUGGACAGUUGGAUGUCAGUUUUGUUUUAAUUUUAAGAAAUAAACAACAAUGAAACAGUCCAAUGCUCAUACCAUUUACAGUGCUGUUUGGUUUCCUACAAGCCAUGGAACAGAGUUUUAAAGAGGCUGCCUCAAGUUCUAUUCUACAUAGUAAACUUUAAGUCUUAAAUUGAAAAUAAAAUCGUAAGCAAUAGGUACAUUAUACAGUUUAACCAUUUGCUUAAUAAUUAGGAUGUAGCCCAGUGUAUUUCCAAAUAAAUUGCAAAGAAACUGAUAGCAGUGGAGCUCCCACAUUUCAUAGCUCAUAAAAUCAGAAAACCUUGUUUCUUUUUGCAGUAUGUAUUAAAAAUAAAGCUUUACUUCUGUACACAGAUUCAUAUAUAUUUCAAAUUCCCAAAGUUCUGUGCAAAAUGUUCAGUUAAGGAUUUCAUGGAUUGCUGUCGAGAGUGGUGCUAGAAAAGCACAGCAGGUCAGGCAGCAUCCAAGGAGCAGGAAAAUCGGCAUUUCAGGCAUGAACCCACUCUCAAAUCUGAUGUCCAGCAUCUGCAGUCCUAGUUGAUUUCAUGGAUCACUGUCUAUUGAACAAAGCCAGUGAAGUUUAUGUACCUGGUGAAUAUCACUACAGAAUCUAGGUAACCCAGAUAUGAUUUUCAAUAUCCCAUGACUCUAUUGUCAAUCAGCCAUAGUUCAGGCUAUAAAUCAAUGACAGUCAUUAUAGUGUAUAAUAAUGAUUUGCAUUAAUUGCCUGCCUUGAGACUAUUGUAUGUUGCAUCCUCAUUGAGAACAGGUAAAACUGAGUAUCAAACAUGAUGUACCUGUGGUCGUAGCAUCAUCAACAUGGAAGUUUUCUGUACUGACUUCAAACUCUAGCUUAAUCAGUGGAUUAGAUUGACAUUUCAGUUAAAACAGCACUGUACUGUACAUAGCAAGUAAAACUGCAAGCCAAGAGGUGUUGCCACAGCUACAAUGAAAUAUAUCUAAUAAUGACACAUUUCCUUACAAUUUCAUUUCUAAAAAACAAUUAAAGAAACUUGUCCUAAAUGAAAAGGUUAGCAAUGCAGAUUUGCAUUGAUUUGAUUUCA